CGUAGUUCGCUUGCAGCUGGAGCCCGCCUGCGGGACGAGGAAGACGGGAAAGGUCUCUUGUGGGCUUCUCUCCAAGCAGACGAUAGGAUCCGGGAGAAUAUAAACCCCCGCAGGAAAAUGAAGUUUGCCUGCCUCUCCUUUCGACAACCGUACGCCGGGCUGGUAUUGAACAACGUCAAGACCAUCGAGAGCCGCUGGCGGCCGCUGUUAGCCGACCACCAAGAUGAGACUCUUGCUGUCCACAUCGCCUUCAGAGACUGGGAAGAUGACAGCUGGAGAGACCUUCUCUUGAACAGACUCGGCUGGACUUCGGCUCAGGUUGACCAUCUGUUAGCGCAGGGGGAGAAAUUUGGCCGAGGGGUGAUUGCUGG